AUGAAGGCAGAAGAAAACCUGCUCUUCCAAAUCCCAGGAUCACAAGGCCCAGGAGGUAGGUGUGAGUCUGUGUGUUUUCCAGGACGAUUCACUCGUCAUCUGAAUAUUAUUUCUAUCAACGCCUUUGAGGAUGACAUUUUAACCAAGAUUUUCAGUUCAAUUGCUGACUGGCACUUUGGGAAAGGGUUUGAUGUGAUAUUCUUAAGGUAUGGAAGGAUGCUGGUACACGCUACUAUGACAAUUUAUAAAGCUGCAGUGGAGAAUUUCUUGCCAACUCCCUCAAAGUCACAUUAUGUCUUUAACCUGCGGGACUUUUCAAGGGUUAUCCAAGGAGUACUGCUCUGCCCUCACACCCAUAUGCAGGAUAUAGAAAAAUUUAUCCGGCUUUGGAUUCAUGAGGUUUAUCGGGUCUUCUAUGAUCGUCUGAUUGACCAUGAGGACAGACAGGUCUUCUUCAACAUGGUGAAGGAAACCACAUCCAAUUGCUUCAAGCAGACUGUGGAGAAGGUCCUCAUUCACCUGUCACCCACUGGAAAGAUUGUCGAUGAUAAUAUCCGUAGCCUCUUCUUUGGAGAUUUCUUUAAGCCAGAAAGUGACCCAAAAAUCUAUGAUGAGAUCACUGACCUGAAACAACUCACAGUGGUCAUGGAGUACUACCUGGAAGAGUUCAACAACAUUAGCAAAGCCCCCAUGUCCUUGGUCAUGUUCAGGUUUGCCAUUGAGCACAUCUCCAGGAUCUGUAGAGUCCUGAAACAGGACAAAGGCCACUUGCUUCUGGUGGGCAUCGGGGGCAGUGGGAGGCAGAGUGCCAGCAAACUGUCCACAUUCAUGAACUCAUAUGAGCUUUAUCAGAUUGAGAUCACCAAGAGCUACUCAAGCCAUGACUGGAGGGAGGACCUGAAGAAGAUCAUGCUGCAGGUGGGAGUGGCCACCAAAAGUACCGUAUUCCUCUUCGCUGAUAACCAGAUCAAGGAUGAAUCAUAUGUCGAGGAUAUCAACAUGCUUCUAAACACAGGAGAUGUGCCCAACAUCUUCCCAGCCGACGAAAAGGCUGACCUUGUGGAGAAGAUGCAAACGGCAGCUAGGACAGAAGGCGAGAAGAUUGAAGUCACUCCUCUUUCUAUGUAUAACUUCUUUAUCGAGAGGGUGAAAAAGAACCUUCACAUUGUUCUUGCCAUGAGCCCAAUUGGGGACGCCUUCCGGAACCGCCUGCGGAUGUUCCCUUCGCUGAUCAAUUGCUGUACAAUUGAUUGGUUCCAGUCCUGGCCCACAGAUGCCCUGGAGUUGGUAGCGAACAAAUUUCUGGAAGAUGUGGAGCUUGAUGACAAUAUUCGGAUAGAAGUCAUCUCCAUGUGCAAAUAUUUCCAGGAGAGUGUGAAGGACCUGUCACUUGAUUACUACAACACACUUCGCAGACACAACUACGUUACCCCUACCUCCUACCUCGAACUGAUUCUAACCUUCAAGACGCUCCUGAACACCAAGAGGCAGGAGGUUGAUAUGAUGAGGAACCGUUACCUGACAGGUCUGCAGAAAUUAGAAUUUGCAUCUUCACAGGUGGCAGUCAUGCAAGUAGAAUUGACUGCUCUCCAGCCUCAGCUCAUCCACACCUCUGAGGAGACUGCCAAGAUGAUGGUGAAAAUUGAAGAGGAGACAAGAGAAGCUGAUGCCAAGAAACUUCUGGUGCAGGCAGAUGAAAAAGAAGCUAAUGCUGCUGCUGCCAUUGCUCAAGAAAUCAAGAACGAAUGUGAAGGGGACCUGGCAGAGGCCAUGCCAGCACUGGAGGCUGCACUCGCUGCCCUAGACACCCUGAACCCAGCAGACAUCUCACUGGUGAAGUCCAUGCAGAACCCGCCCGGCCCUGUCAAGCUGGUCAUGGAGAGCAUCUGCGUCAUGAAAGGGCUGAAACCAGAGAGGAAGCCAGACUCCAGUGGCAGCGGUAAAAUGAUAGAAGAUUACUGGGGAGUUUCAAGAAAGAUCCUUGGAGAUCUGAAAUUCUUGGAGAGUCUUAAGACAUAUGACAAAGACAACAUUCCUCCAGUGAUCAUGAAGCGGAUCCGGGAAAGGUUCAUUGAUCACCCAGAUUUCCAGCCGGCUGUCAUUAAAAAUGUGUCAUCUGCCUGCGAAGGUCUCUGCAAGUGGGUGAGGGCCAUGGAGGUGUAUGAUCGCGUGGCCAAAGUGGUGGCUCCCAAACGGGAGCGGCUGAGGGAGGCCGAGGGGAAGCUGGACACACAGAUGCGGAAACUGAACCAGAAGCGAGGAGAACUGAAGCUGGUAGAAGAUCGCCUCCAGGCCCUGAAUGAUGACUUUGAGGAGAUGAAUACCAAAAAAAAGACCUUGGAGGAAAACAUUGAGAUCUGCUCCCAAAAGCUGAUCAGAGCAGAAAAGCUGAUCAGUGGUCUUGGGGGAGAGAAGGACAGAUGGACAGAAGCCACCCGGCAGCUGGGGAUCCGCUAUACCAAUCUGACAGGGGAUGUGCUGUUGUCCUCAGGGACUGUGGCUUACCUGGGGGCCUUUACUGUGGAUUAUCGAGCCAGGUGUCAGAAGGAGUGGUUGGCCCAGUGUAAGGACAAGGUCAUCCCUGGCUCCAGUGAUUUCAGUCUCAGCAACACAUUAGGAGAUCCUGUAAAAAUCCGUGCCUGGCAGAUUGCUGGGCUGCCCGUCGACUCCUUCUCCAUUGACAAUGGCAUCAUUGUGUCCAAUUCCAGACGCUGGGCCUUAAUGAUUGACCCUCAGGGGCAGGCCAAUAAGUGGAUCAAGAAUAUGGAGAAAGCAAAUAAGCUGUCUGUCAUCAAAUUCUCAGAUGCCAGCUAUGUGAGGACGCUGGAAAACGCUCUGCAGUUUGGCACCCCCGUCCUGCUAGAAAAUGUUGGAGAGGAGCUGGAUGCCUUUAUUGAACCCAUCUUGCUCAAGUCCACAUUCAGGCAGCAAGGGGUUGAGUACAUGAGGCUGGGUGAAAACAUCAUCGAAUACUCCAGGGAUUUUAAGUUAUAUAUCACAACCCGUCUGAGGAACCCACAUUACCUCCCUGAAGUCGCCGUGAAAGUCUGCCUGCUCAACUUCAUGAUCACGCCCUUAGGUCUCCAAGAUCAGCUCCUUGGCAUCGUGGCCGCCAAGGAGAAGCCAGAACUGGAAGAGAAGAAGAAUGAGUUGAUUGUGGAAAGUGCCAAGAACAAGAAACAGCUAAAAGAAAUUGAAGAUAAGAUCUUGGAGGUCCUCUCCCUGUCUGAGGGCAACAUCCUCGAGGAUGAGACUGCCAUCAAGGUUUUGUCCUCCUCCAAGAUGCUGUCUGAAGAGAUCUCUGAGAAACAGAAAAUUGCUUCAGUAACAGAAACACAGAUCGAUCAGACUCGGAUGGGCUACAAGCCAGUGGCUAUUCACUCUGCCACCAUCUUCUUCUGUAUCUCUGACCUGGCCAACAUUGAGCCAAUGUACCAGUACUCCCUGACAUGGUUCAUAAACCUCUAUGUGCAUUCCCUGAUCCAUAGCAAUAAAAGUGAAGAACUGGACCUUCGCAUUGAGUACAUCAUCGAACAUUUUACCCUCAGCAUCUACAACAACGUCUGCCGCUCUCUGUUUGAGAAGGACAAGCUACUUUUCUCUCUUCUCCUCACCAUCGGCAUCAUGAAAGAGAAAAAGCGAAUUAAUGAGGAGGUUUGGUAUUUCCUUCUAACUGGAGGUGUCGCCCUGGACAACCCUUUCCCCAACCCAGCUCCUGAAUGGCUGUCUGAGAAGGCGUGGGCAGAAGUGGUCCGUGCCUCAGCAUUGCCAAAACUGAAAGGCCUGAUGGGACAUUUACAACAAAAUGCUGAUGAGUGGAAGCUUAUCUAUGACUCCACCUGGCCCCAUGAGGAGGACUUCCCUGGAUCUUGGAAGUUCCUUCAGGGAUUGGAGAGGAUGGUGAUCCUACGAUGUUUGCGGCCUGACAAAAUGGUUCCAGCCAUUCGGGAGUUCAUCGCUGAGCACAUGGGCAGUAUAUACAUCGAAGCCCCUACCUUUGAUCUCCAGGGGUCCUAUAAUGAUUCCAGUUGCUGUGUGCCAUUGAUUUUCGUGUUGUCUCCAGGUGCAGACCCAAUGGCAGGCCUGUUGAAGUUUGCUGAUGAUCUAGGCAUGGGAGGCGCCAGAACACAAACCAUCUCCCUUGGCCAAGGCCAAGGCUCAAUUGCUGCCAAAAUGAUCAACACUGCCAUCAAAGAUGGGACCUGGGUGGUGUUACAGAACUGCCACCUGGCCACAAGCUGGAUGCCUAGUCUGGAGAAGAUCUGUGAGGAGGUGAUUGUUCCUGAAAGCACUAACAUCAGAUUCAGACUCUGGUUAACCAGCUAUCCAUCAGAGAAAUUUCCAGUCAGCAUCCUCCAAAAUGGGAUCAAAAUGACCAAUGAGCCCCCCAAAGGGCUGCGGGCCAACCUGUUGCGCUCCUACCUCAAUGACCCCAUCUCAGACCCCGUGUUUUUCCAAAGCUGUACAAAGGCAGUCAUAUGGCAGAAGCUAUUGUUUGGGCUAUGUUUCUUCCAUGCCAUUGUUCAAGAAAGGAGAAACUUUGGACCCUUAGGCUGGAAUAUUCCUUAUGAAUUCAAUGAAUCUGACCUGCGGAUUAGUAUGCGGCAGAUCCAGAUGUUUUUGAACGACUACAAGGAGGUGCCAUUUGAGGCUCUGACUUACCUGACAGGGGAAUGUAAUUACGGGGGCAGAGUGACUGAUGACAAAGACAGGCGUCUUCUGCUAUCCCUUCUGUCCACAUUCUACUGUAAGGAAAUCGAGCAGGACCAUUACUCCCUCGCUCCUGGAGACAUUUACUACAUCCCUCCUCAUGGCUCUUACCAGUCCUAUAUCGAGUAUCUUAGGAACCUGCCCAUCACAGCCCACCCAGAAGUCUUUGGCCUCCAUGAGAAUGCUGACAUCACCAAGGACAACCAGGAAACCAACCAGCUGUUUCAAGGGGUGCUGCUGACCCUCCCUAGGCAGUCAGGAGGGAGUGGCAAGUCUCCUCAGGAAGUCAUUGAGGACCUGGCCCAGGACAUACUCUCCAAGCUUCCAGAUGACUUUGACCUGGAAGUGGUUGUGAAGUUGUACCCUGUGGUCUAUGAGGAAUCCAUGAACACCGUCCUAAGGCAGGAGCUCAUCAGAUUCAACAGACUGACCAAGGUGGUUCGCAGAAGCCUCAUUGAUCUUGGCCGAGCCAUCAAAGGGCAGGUCCUGAUGUCCUCAGAGCUGGAGGAUGUCUUCAGUAGCAUGAUCGUGGGUAAAGUGCCAGCCAUGUGGAUGGCCAAGUCCUACCCAUCCCUAAAGCCCCUGGGGGGCUAUGUGGCUGACCUGCUGGCCCGCCUGGCCUUCUUCCAGGAGUGGAUUGACCAUGGGCCCCCUGUGGUCUUUUGGAUCUCUGGAUUUUACUUCACACAGUCUUUUUUGACUGGUGUUUCUCAGAAUUAUGCCCGGAAAUACACCAUCCCCAUUGACCACAUCGGAUUUGAGUUUGAGGUAACCACACGAGAAACAGUCAUGGAGAGUAACCCAGAAGAUGGGGCCUACAUAAAAGGACUCUUCUUAGAAGGUGCCCGCUGGGACAGGAAAACCAUGCAGAUCGAGGAGUCUUUCCCCAAAAUUCUCUAUGAUCCUUUGCCCAUUAUUUGGCUGAAACCUGGGGAAAGUGCAAUAUUUCUUCAUCAGAACAUUUAUGUGUGUCCAGUCUACAAAACAAGUGCCAGAAGAGGCAUCCUCUCCACCACAGGCCACUCUACCAACUAUGUCCUCUCCAUUGAACUCCCAACAGACAGGCCCCAGAAGCAUUGGAUAAACCGAGGGGUAGCCUCUUUGUGCCAGCUGGAUAAUUGAUGGCAUCCAUCUCAAUGCAGAAAAUAAAAGGCAUCUCAUUCUCAA